AUGGAAGCAACAGAAGAUAACUCGGCUAUGAAGGUGACAUUAAUUUGUGUAUUUACAGUCAACUCUCUCAACGGAUACCGCUAUAAGAUGGACACCUUACUAAAAUGGACACCUAGAGUCAUCCUAUCUGUAAGACGGACGUGUCUCUAAGAUAGACACAUAGUGCCGGCCCCAAAGGUGUUCAUCUUAAGGCCGAUUUAGAAGGUACAAUUUUUGCUUAUGACUUUUGUGCGAGACUAGCAUAUGUUUUCGACCAUCCAGAGGGUCCACAGCAGGGUUCUCAAAUGCUGCCUUCCCGUUUGUAUUUCCCUCUCAAUCCUGCUAUCCUACCUUUUUUAUUUCAGAAUCUCGAUCCCGCCUUAUUUUUUCCUUCGAAUUUCUUGCUUUCAUUAUACAAUGUUUAAGACUAACCUUCUUGCAACAGGGAGCUUUGAUGUUUAAAGUUCUUGACGUAGCCAUUAGCGACCGUAGCUUUAUCUUCUGUUUUGCUUAUUUAUUUAUUUUGUUUAUUUAUUUAUUUAUUUUCUGAGCACAUCAGUACAAAAUAGAAGGUUUACUUCGAUCUGAGUUCUGGCCAUCUUGAAACAGCCAGUUGAGUUGGGGUAUAUAGAUGUUUCGAUUUCCUUACUGUUAGAUUCCAUUAGGCGAUGAAGCCAAUUGUCUACACUGACUACGGGUCAUGGAAAAUGUGUAUCAACACAAUGGUUGCACAGAUUGAUAGAAUGUUGUCUUUUAUAUGGCAACAUAAACCUGGUAUGAAAUCGAACAGCACAACCGAAUGCAAACAACCCCCAUGUAGAAAGUUUACUUUUCCACCCUUCUUAGACUUGGUCCUCGAUUGUUGUUUAAAAUUUAUUUUAUUUUCUUCCAUUCUUAAAUCCGCACAAACAUAGGUGUAAGUGACCUGAAAUAGUUUGCAAAACAGUCCUUUUUUUUCACAAUCGGUUUUGAAAGGUGCCAAGUACGGGCGAAGACUGUAUAAAAUUAACCGCGCAUUUUUCGCCUCUUUAACUAGUUUCUUGGCCUCACUCCAGACCUCUUCUUUGAACGUUCGCGCACGCCGUCUUUACCAAGUACCGCAAUCAGACAAAAACACUAAAAGGUGAUAAUGGAUAAAUUUGGCUGGAUUCAUUUCCUUGGCGACUUGUACAAAGGCGUUGAACACAAAAGAGUCAAAAUGUAGUCACAACAAAACUUAAUUCCCAUAUCCCGCUACCUUUCCCUUACGUUUCCCGCAUCCCAACCCAAUAAAAAUGGGAAAUCCCGCUCCCGCUCAUUACCAAAAUUCCCGCUUUUCGCUCCUUUUUCAAUCCUUUUUCAUCACAAAAAAUAGCCAAAUCCCGCAUUCCGCCAAACCUAUUGUGGACCCUCCAUCCACAGACGUACAAUUUUCAUUUCAACAUCUACAAUGUGUCGUACGAAUACGAAUGUCGUGGGUUCAAUUUACAUGACAUCAUCUGUUGUGAAGUCAUGAUGCAUGCUAGUUGCUCACGAUAGUCGUAUAAAGCAAAAAUCAUACCAUCUAAAUCGGCCUUAAGGUACAUUCAACUGUAUUAGUAACUGGAUUGUCGGUUUUUGUUGUUGAUGGCUCAUAACAAGUAUUGCCAGUCCAAUAUUUCAGGUUUGAAACUCACAGAGUAUUUUUUUAAGGUAAAAAUCAUCAUUCCGUGUAAAAAGAUGGGAGAACUUGAAGUUUUCCUUGCUAAGCAUGGCGGACAAAUCUCGGCUGUGGAAACUCUUCAGGUACAAGAUACCUGUAAGUACUUUAUUGUUAAUGAUAUUUUAAUAAUAAUUUAUUAUUAUUGGAGGAGGUCUGUCUGGCUUCGAAAUUUGAGUGACUGUGGACACAUUACUGCCAUACUAUGAUCUCUACGCAAAUGAAGCUAUUAAAUUACACUGUAAGCCGUAAAGCGUUAUUACUGACGAAACAAUAUCAGUUGUAAAAUUCUUUGUCACACUUUUAGGCAGUUCAUGGACUGAAGCCCGUCAGUUGCUUUUCGUUAAUUAAGGCCCCAUCCAAAUGGAUCCAGUCAUUUUUGAAACUGCACAUUUUUUCUCCCCAGAUUGGUGGGAAUGUGAGCUUGAACGUUUCUUAAGAACGAAUGUUGCAAUGGAUUGAGCAAAAAUUGGAAAUAGUCAAACAAUAUCUUCCCUCAUACUUUGUGUGUAGUUAGUGCUUCAGAUGAAACUACUCAUUGUUGCAUUUGUUUGUCUUCUAACAAAAACCUGUACUAGGCAUCAAGGGAGGGCGGAAGUUUGGGCCAAAAAUUGCAUUUUUUGGGACAAUUUCUCCUUGAAAGUUACAGUUUUGUUAGGUAAAUAUUACAGAAAGCAGACAAACAGUAAAAAUUUUGUUUACAUGAUAGAAAAAUAUCAUCCUUCCUCUCAAUAAAGAUUUUAUCAGUUUUUCUCGAGACCCCCCCUGACUGCCCCUGGUCAUUGUCAUUUACAAGGAGGGAGAAACAUUUUUUCUCAAGCAUUUUUGUCGUGCAAGUCGCUG